AUAAUCGAAGGAAACGACAAAGAAUAGCAUCACGCUUCAUGCAACCAUAUAUCACCACUGACUGUAGACUACGAAUUCAAGAUAGACAGCGGAUGCGCGUGUAUGUUGACGCUGUUACGAGGUUAGUCCAAACGAGCAGGUUAUUCCAGUUGCAUCAACGUAAUGUUUAUGUACGGUACAAAUGCUUCGAUUUGUGCGUGCUUUAGUGUGAUGAAAGCUCCGGCGGGCGUCUGAAUGAUGAAGAUGCGAAACCUUAGCAGAGUCAUGUGCCAAUUUCGGUCAGCUAUUUCGCUUCAUGCCCUGACAUGUUAAGGAGCAGGAGGGGAGGAGAUAUAAGACGAGAAAAACUGGUAAGCAGCUGGGACCCAGAGAGAGUAUGUGAAAGGAGGAAGAGAUAUCAGCCUGGCCAGAAACACCAUUAGACCUCUGAGGAGAACGAAAGGAGCAACAUAAAGACAUGAAGAGUAAUGAGAGAAUACAUUUGAGGUGAAAUUCAGAUUGUCAUUGAGGAAACAUAAAGGGAAAAGAAGAUACAACAUGUGUCAUAGGCUUCUAAGUAGCAGAAUGACUUGGACUAAAGACAUUGCAAAACACAAACACACCUGCGGUCAACAGUCAUCUAAGGACACUCUCUCUGACUCACAAUCCAGCAGAUCUUUCAGUACCAAAUAUUUGCAUAUAGCCCAACACAGCUGUCUGCUUAUUCUGUGCUAACUGCCGUGCAAGCAUUGAAGAUCCCAAGAGUAUAUACGUCGUUUGUUCUAUGUAGGACUAUGGAAGAAGGUACAUUGUCAUGGUUCGUCCCGGUUCAUCUCCAGAGGGCCAGAUGAGGGGCAUGUUACCCAGCUUGUUACGGGGCCAGCGGUUCUACUGCCGUGAAUGGGCCUUUGAGAAGUUACAAAGAUAUCUAGAUGCACGAGAUCCCUCCAAGGGAGUGGAGGGAAAGGUCCAUGCCCCUCGAGGGGUGCUAGUGACCGGUGGCCCAGGCACUGGUAAGACUGCCCUCUGUACAGAGCUGGUUUGGCCCCAGUCAGAAGCAUGUAGGGUGGCAGGUUUGGCAUCGAGGUGUCUGGCCUGGCACUAUUGCCAGCGGGAGGUUGCUGGCAGUAUUGAAGUGUGGAGAUUUGUGUUGGGGCUGGUUGAACAGCUGAAGGAGAGCCCACUUCUCGGACCAAACUAUGCAAAAUUGAUAAGAAGUCCUGCCAUUGCUGCUGUCCUAGAGCCCCUUCACUGCCAAAGAGCACCCGAUGACACGUUUAAAAGUGCAAUAUUAGAACCCCUCUUGUCCUUGACACCACCGCCAUACAGUGUUUUUAUAGUGGUGGAUUCACUGGACUCAGGGUGUUGUGGAGGUGAUGGUGUUGGAGAGGGGUUGACAUCAGGAGAUGGGGCCACUCAGAGUUUCUCUAUUGUAGAGCUUCUGCUCAAAUACAUACAGCUCCUGCCCCCUUGGAUCUUGCUAAUCUGCUCUGCACGACGUCAGAACAAAGCUAUUUGCAAAAGUUUCUCAGGUUUUCGGAGGUUGUGUCUGGAUGACUUAAGAAAACCUGCAACUGUACGAGAUGUACAGCAAUAUAUCCUGCGGAGACUUGAUCGGGAUGGGGCUCUAAGAAGACAGCUUACACCAGAGACUGCUGAAAUGCUUAAUCUUUUGCACAUCAAGAGUGGUGGCUGCUUCUUGUUUCUUGAACGGGUACUAGAUGGUGUUGCUCAAGGUCUAGUUGGACUAAGAGAAAUUCGGGACAUUCCAGGCACUCUGAAUGGCCUUUACCUUUGGCUCUGUCAAAGACUCUUUCCUCGAAGUCUGUUUGUCCAUAUCAGGCCUUUGCUGAAUAUCCUUUUGGCAUCUCCACAACCUCUAACAGCUGAGCAGCUCUACACUAUUGCCAGAAGCCGUAACUCCUACCUUGGGCUCAGAGACUUUCAGUCACAGAUGGCAUCUCUGGCAUCUUUGUUUGUAGAUGGUCCUGAGGGCAGUAAACUCCUCUUUCACAAUAGCUUUGCAGAAUGGUUAACUGAUGUUAAAUACUGUACACAGAAGUUUCUGUGUUGUCUUAAGGAUGGUCACCUUUCUUUGGCCAUGUCCCUCUCUUUUCGAGCCAGUAGUUUGGAUACAGAAGAGACUUGCCACCUGGCCCACCACCUCCUUAAUAGUGGAGUUCAUACAGGGAAACCAGUCCUUCUGGAAUUGUGGUUGCUAUGGACUGGGGUUCCAGAUCUAAGUAGUGGCAGAAAUUACAAUACUGCUAAUGUGCCACCACCACCUAAUACAUCUCAAACACCUGUUUUGGUUCAGCAAGAUGUACUACAGCUCUUGAUGAAAAGUGGAAUUUACUCUGAAACCUGUUCUCAAAACAAUAACUCUAGUGUGAGGGUUCACUGUGUUGGGGGAAAAGGCAGGAUUGUACGGCAGGCAUUGCAGAGGGAGGACUCUGUGAGAGCACUUCUUGACAGUGGUGUUAGUGUGAACUGUACAGACCCAUUAGAUGGCCGCACUUUAUUAGCAGCUGCAGCUCAUGCUGGACUUGCAGAAGUAGUUAGAUUGCUGUUAUGCCGUGGGGCAGACCCUUCAUUGAAUGACAGUCAAGGGCAGACAGCCCUAACACUUGCCUCCAGACAAGGCCAUGUGGGUGUACUGCAGGUGUUGCUGGAAUGGGUCCAGGAGCUAGGGAUCAAAAGUCCUGUUGCACAAGCCUUGCUGGAGCAUGCAGACAAUGAAGGAUGGACUGCGUUGCGCUCUGCUUCAUGGGGUGGCCACAAGGAAGCUGUGAGUCUGCUUCUGGAAGCAGGGGCAGAGAUUGAUGGCUGUGAUUCAGAUGGCCGGACAGCCUUGCGUGCAGCGGCUUGGGGAGGACACAAAGAAAUACUACUAACUCUUCUUGAUCAUGGUGCUGAGGUAGACCAUUCAGACCGUGAAGGCCGUACUCCACUAAUAGCUGCAGCUUACAUGGGUCACAAAGAGGCAGUGCAGAUCCUGCUGGAUGCAGGUGCUGAUGUCAAUCUUGCAGAUGGGGAUGGACGGACUGCACUCUCUGUUGCUGCAUUAUGUGUGCCAUCAACAACUGGAGGACAGGGGCAUGGAGAGGUUGUAAGCAUUCUGCUGGAGAGAGGCGCUAAUCCAGAACAUCAGGACAGAGAUGGAAUGACCCCUUUACUACUGGCCUCAUACAAAGGGCAUGAGGAAGUGGUGGAACUUCUCUUGGAAGCUGGUGCUGAUGUGGAUGAAAGCUCUGGAGUUCAUCCCUCUGCUGUUACUCCUCUUCUUGCAGCUGCAGCUAUGGGGCAUGCUGGCACAGUAAACCUUAUGCUGUUUUGGGGGGCAGCAGUGGAUGGCAUUGAUGGAGAGGGCCGCACUGCUCUCUGCUUGGCUGCCGCAAAGGGUAGUGUUGAAGUUGUAAGAGCACUGCUGGACCGAGGAUUGGAUGAGAAUCACAAAGAUGAUCUGGGCUGGACACCAUUGCAUGCUGCAGCUUGUGAGGGCCACAAAAGUGUGUGUGCAGUUUUGACAGAGCGAGGUAGCAUGGUACGUGUAGGUGAGCUUGAUGUGGAGGGUCGUAGCCCUCUAAUUCUGGCAGCACAAGAAGGGCACUGCAGCACAGUCAGCCUCCUACUGGACCAAAAGUCACCCAUCAAUCAUCGUGCAUAUGAUGGACACUCUGCAAUCAGUGCAGCUGCUUUGCAGGGGCAUAGGGAGAUUGUAGAGCUACUGAUGCAUAGAGGGGCUGACACUGAUGUUCGAGAUGUUGAAGGAAGACCUCUUCUUUAUUUGCUAGUUCUGGAGGGCCAUUUAGAUAUGGCAACACUGCUCAUAGAAAAAGGUGGUGUCCCUCUGGAGUCAAGAGAUGUAGAAGGACGAACUGCACUCCAUGUAGCAGCUUGGCAAGGAGACCUGGAGAGUAUUGAGUUGUUGCUGAAAUAUGGAGCUGACACAAAUGCACAAGACCUCGAUGGUCGGCCACCUUUGCACUCUGUGGCAUGGAGGGGUCAUGCAGCUGCUUGCAGGUUGCUCCUUAGGGCAAAGGGUCUCAAUGUUGACCUGGCUUGCAAACAACAGGGUGCCACAGCACUUAGCAUCGCUGCUCAGGAGGGGCAUGCUGAAAUUGUAGCCAUGCUUUUAGAGAGAGGUGCAGAACCAGACCAUGUGGACUGUUAUGGCCGCAGUCCAGUGAAGGUAGCAGGAAAGCAAAGUCAUUUUACUAUUGUGCAAAUUCUGGAGAGCUAUGGAGCAAAGCCCUUUACCGGCCUCAUUCCAUUCUCUCCCAGUGGUGCUCCCAACACUUUUUAUCAUUCAUCCACAGUAAAAACCCAGGUGUCCCUGAGCUCAGAAGAGGUGGGUAUAGAUGGAGUUCCAGCCACUUCUUCUUCAUCCUCGACCUCAGUUUCUGCCUCCUGUUCUCCAGCUUCCACAGCAGAGCGUUUCCACUCCAUGCCUGCCUCACAGACCUCCUCCUCCACCUGCUACUCUCAUUCCACAGUACAGACCGUACCUGCCGACAGUCUAAAUUUCAUCCAACAAAUACAGCAACAUUCACUUCCUCGUUCCCGUAGUCGGCCUUCCACCUUGCUUCAUACUGGCUCCAAUCCUGCCAGUUUUCAGGGCAGAGCUUCAAGGCACAAGCAAAAGGCUGAACCCAAGAGCAGUCCCACAUACAAACAGUGCAUCUUAAAUGAACUGCUGGAUGCAGACAAACCCUUAAAAGAACUUGGAUCAUCAGGGGAUGGUGACUACCUCUUAAAACAUAAAACUCCUUACAUCAUAGAUAAUGUGAUGGAAAAGAGCCUUAAACAGGCUGGAGGAGUAGACCUAAAAUGGAACUCGGUAAUGGCUUCCUUGGGAGUAAUGCUGAACCAAGAUGGCCCAAUUAGACAGACAAAAAUUAGGGAAAGCCCCCUUUUGGGGUAUCCACCUCUUCAACUCCAAUCCCAUGCACAAAGAGAUGAUUGGGGGGGCAUUCAAAAGACAUCCACGUCUCCAACCAUUGACUUUUUAGCUAUUUCCUCACCUAGCGCCUUACCUGAUAUGUCUGUGAUUAACAUGACAACUACUGACCCCCAGCUGAAUCUCAAACAGGCAAUUAAGCUGCAGUUCGAAGGGCCAACCAGUGCAGCGCUCCACAAGCGGGAAACCCCUCUCUGAGGAAAACCUGAGAAUUUAGGACUUCAACGAGUUGAGGGUUGUGUGGGCAAUCACUGCACUGUGUGUGGGAAAUGUUGAGAAUGGAGUUUGAUGGCAAAUGAGAGUCACACUGACCUCCACCUCUCUCUAACCCAUUGAGCCCAAAGCACAAAAAGGAGAGGAGAGACAGAGGUAGCCUGCAGUUCAAAGGAUCAAGCUGUGUACAUUCCAAAGCUUUUCCUCUUCAUCCCAUCACAAUGGAGAGCAGCUGGCACUCUCUCAUACUCACACAUACAAUCACAGGAAAAUAUAUUUACAUUCAGAGGAACACUUAUGCAUAUUUCCUGUGCAUUUUUAAAAGUCGCCAUUGUUGUACCCCAGGGAUUUUCAAUUAAAGACAUUACUAAACCAUCAUAGACAGCACAGCUAUUCACUUUUUCAUUGUGGUUCAAUAGUGCCAGGUAAUGGAAAGCAAUUGCACCUUAAUUUUAUAUUGACGAAAAAUGAGAGCUAAUGAGAAUGAGAACAUUUAAAUACCUAUAUGGUUCAAAAUUAUUUAAAAAAUAUGCCUUUUGGGUGAUGAAAUGUAGACUCACAACUUGGUCCCAGGAAUGGACUUACAGGGUCAAAAGGUCUUCUUUAAAAGCAUUUGGAGACUGCCACCAAGUCUAACUGCCACAGUUACUUUGUAUGCCAGAUGUUUUUGGAUGACUUUUAAGACUUUAUGCUUAUGUGUCUGCAUAUAUGUUACAACUCUUUGGGAGUGUUUCCAUCGUUGGGCUGAAAGCUCACUGUUGAUGAAUCGUGGUGUUCUGUACUUUGACAUAAUGUAAUGCUUUCUUUUUUCAUUAUGAUCCUUAGAAAUUAGGAUUAGAAUGAAAAUAACUGACAAGUGACCAAUCAUGAGUUGCCAUGUCACUAAAGCUGUUUGGACAGCAGGGUUCCUCUCUCUUGAAUUCAUUAGCUAGCCGUACUGAUGAAUCUGUGCAGGAAACGGAUUAUACUGUACCAAACCAGGUUGAAAUAGAAAUGCUAUUGGUACUGUUACCAUGCUCAAUCAUAUAUAUAUAUAUAUAUAUAUAUAUAUAUAUAUAUAUAUAUAUAUAUAUAUAUAUAUAUUAUUGAGGAAGGAAGGUUUGGGUGAUCUCAUGAAUGCUCUUUAAAGGACAAAUAGAUUUGAGUCGUAGGAUAAAAAUAAGGGUCACAAAAACCUUUGAGGAAGCAAGAUGUGAUGUGAAUUUAACACAGCCAUAAGUAAUUUAUAUGUUUGUACUAUUUUGUAUGUAACAUUUUAUUAAGAUGCACUAAUUAAAACAACGUUUAUGAUUACACUUUUCUGGUUGAUGAUGACUAUGUACUAAGUUUGUGUGCAUCAGAUUAUAUAGCAUCACUCACACAUGUAAGACACAUAAGUUUACUUGACUCACAUUUGUUCAUAAUAAACAUUUAAAGUAUUUGCUAUGCUAUCAUA